AUGGUCGUUUCAAACUCAAAAAAGAAUAUUGAGGGUUGCAAACUACCGGUAAAAUUACCGGACUCCGACUUUUUCCAUAAUGCUGAGGUUUUGGGUACCCGUGAUGUAGGUGAUUGUACAUACUAUUACGUUCACUAUGAUGACUAUAAUAAACGGCUGGAUGAAUGGGUUAGUGCCGACCGCCUCGACUUUUCUAAAAUAGAACGACCACUAAAGAAAUCGACCAAAGAACCCGUCACACCUGUUUUCAGCUUAUCCUCCACUGAGGAUGAAGUUAUUAGUUCAGCGGAGCUCCGAGCGACAGAUUCGGAUUUGAACCCUCCUCUGAAAUAUCGUAGCUCCAGCUCCUCUAGUUUGACUCAACUGAAAAGAAAACGACCACCUGACGAUAUCUAUGAAGGACCCAUACAUUUAACGCUACAGAAUGACGUGAAUGAUCUUGUGUUCGAUGAUUCUCCAACGUCAGCUGGAAAACCCAGACAAACAGGCAGUAUGGUUUCUAGCCACCAUGAACAGGAUACUGUUACGAGAAUGAGAAAUCUGGAAUGGAUUGAAUUAGGAAGAUAUCGAAUUAAACCAUGGUACUUUUCCCCAUAUCCACAGGAAUUAGCAAGUGUUCCGUGUGUAUAUAUAUGCGAAUUCUGUCUGAAGUAUUUGAAAAGCUUCACAUGUCUGCGCAGACACUUGGCUAAAUGUACACUAAGAAAUCCUCCUGGAAACGAGGUUUACCGCAAACUGCCUCACAGUUUUUUCGAAAUCGAUGGACGUAAAAAUAAAACUUAUGCUCAACACCUUUGUCUACUUGCGAAACUGUUCCUGGAUCACAAAACCUUGUAUUAUGAUACAGAUCCAUUCUUAUUCUACGUUCUUUGUGAAAUAGACUCUCGUGGUUACCAUCUAGUUGGAUAUUUCUCAAAAGAAAAAGAAUCUUCUGAAGAUUACAAUGUGGCAUGCAUCUUAGUACUUCCACCUUUUCAACGAAAAGGUUAUGGAAAAUAUUUGAUUGAAUUUAGCUAUGAAUUGAGCAAAAUUGAAGGUAAAUCCGGAUCACCUGAAAAACCGCUAAGUGAUUUGGGUCUAUUAUCUUAUCGCUCUUAUUGGGCUCAAACAAUUCUUGAAUUAUUACUAAACUCUAAAGCAACAGAAACUGGUCAGGAUCCAGCAUUAAGUAUAAAUGAUAUUGUUGAUAGAACAUGUAUUAAACGAGAUGAUGUAAUUGCUACCUUAUCUCAUUUAAAUGUAUUAUACUAUGUGAAAGGACAACAUGUUAUCUAUUUAUCACGUGAUCUUAUACAAGCACAUCAAAAAGCUAUGCAACGUCGUAAUUUACGUGUUGAUGCAAAAUUACUUAAUUGGAAAUCAAGAGAUUGGAGUAAACGUGGUCGAUGGUGA